AUUGCAUAUCACGUGACAAGUAAACAGGCUGCUUUCAUUAUAUAUGAGACUUCCUGGAUGAAUUAGAAUUCUGUCUGCAACAAUGGAGCUGGGAGUAACUUGGUCCCUAAUCCUGGCUGCUAUUGUCAGCUUCCUUGUCUAUUCGUUCACAUGGCGGACAAAACUAAGGAAUAGUAACAUGCCUCCAGCACCACCCCUCCUACCACUGCUGGGAAAUAUGCUACAGAUAAGUGCCAAGGAAUUCCCGCAAUCUCUAGUAAAGCUGAGUGAGAAAUUAGGACCAGUCUUCACUGUCUAUUUGCCCAAUAAGCCUGCUGUGGUAUUGACUGGGUAUGAUUGUAUAAAAGAGGCACUGCUGGACAACAACGAAGGUUUUGGAGCGAGAGGGAAGUCUCCACUUGGGUAUAUACUAUUUAAAGAUUAUGGAGUGAUUUUCAGCAAUGGGGAGCGGUGGAAGCAGAUGCGACGCUUUUCAAUAACUUGUCUAAGGGACUUUGGGAUGGGAAGAAGGAGCAUUGAGGAACGCAUACAGGAGGAAGCUCAAUAUCUUGCAGAAGAAUUUAGAAAGCAUGCUGAUACUCCAAUUGAUCCAACGUACCUGCUAGGCUUAGCGGUGUCAAAUGUCAUCUGUUCAAUAGUGUUUGGAGAACGCUUUGACUAUAAAGAUGAGAAAUUUAUGACUUUGAUUUCUUUGCUGAAAACAGUCUCUCAGGAUGUCUCCGCCGCAUGGGGCAUUCUUCUUAAUCUGUUUCCUAAUAUCAUUUCCCGACUGCCAGGCCCCCCGCAGAGGAUCUUUAGGAACUUUGACAAACUGAAAGCAUUUGUGGCAGAAUCUCUGAAAAGCCACCAAGAAACACUUAAUAUUAACUGCCCACGGGAUUUCAUUGAUUGCUUCCUGAUAAAGAUGGAGAAGGAGAAAAACAACCCACAAACGGAGUUUCACUUUGACAACCUAUUUGGAACUGUACUUGAUAUUUUUUUUGCUGGGACUGAAACUACAAGUAUAACUCUGAAAUACAGUUUGCUCAUGUUGCUAAAGUACACAGAAGUUACAAGAAAGACAAUGGAGGAGAUAGAUAAUAUUACUGGACAGGAUCGGUGUCCUUUCUACGAAGAUCGUUCGAAAAUGCCAUACACAAAUGCUGUUAUCCAUGAGAUUCAGAGAAUGGCAGAUAUCAUACCAUUGGGAGUACCCCAUGCAACCACCCAUGAUGUAAUAUUUCGAGGAUACAACAUCCCCAAGGAUACUUUAAUAUUCCCAUUGAUGACAUCAGUGCUAAAGGACUCCAAAUACUUUAGCGACCCCAAACAGUUUGACCCCACACACUUUUUGGAUGAAAAUGGAAGUUUCAAGAAGAAUGACGCCUUUAUUCCAUUUUCUGUUGGAAAGAGGAGCUGCCUUGGAGAAGGCUUGGCACGUAUGGAAAUAUUUCUCUUUAUUACAACAAUUCUGCAAACAUUUAACCUGAAGUCAGACAUUGCUCCUCAAGACAUCGACAUAACUCCUGAACCAAAUAAGAAUGGGGCUCUACCAAGAACAUACAAAAUGUAUUUUGUUCCAAAAUAAAGACUAUCUGUGCAUAAAUAACUAAACAAUAAUAUAUUGGUAUAGCUGUAUAGUAUAUUCUAAUUGAUUAGAAAAAGCAGUCACAGUAUUCUUCUUCAGAUCUGUAAUAGCAUAGACAUAUUUAAACUUCAGUACAUAGUAGCCAUUUUAAUACAUUUUUUCUUACCAA